AUUUACUGUCUUUGGUAUGCAUCCCUGGAAAUUACUAAUCCCUGAUUCGUGUGUUUUGUUUUUGAUGCGUUGCGAGGUGAUUAAUUUUUCGUUUUUAUAGAGUAGCUGUCUGUGGGAUUAUUAAAGGAUUCCCCUUUUUACAUACGUGUGGUGACUUACAAGGCUUCAUGAUGAAUUACGGCAGGAAAACGCCCUCCACAUAUCGGUCCAAUCCGUCGGUUUAUUCCCACGCAACGGGGAGAUCCUCGACGAAUUUGCACUCCAAGAUGUCCCGAUCAACGCGAUCCGUCAGGAUUCCCUGGUACCAGCGACCCCUGCUCAAAAACAAUCAGUACAUCGACAUACAGAAAGGAGCCAUGCUCAUAGGAUUGUUUGCCAUUUUCCUCUCACUGUUCACCAUUGGCACGACCAUCUUUGAUAUCUACUGCUAUGCAAUGGCUGCGCCAGGAUCCACACAUUAUGGCUACUAUAUCAUAUCCUACGAGUUCGUCUAUGUGGGCAACAAGCAUGUGCGCAACAUGCUGAUCGUCUUCGCCCUGUUCUCACUCAUCAUGGCCCUGGUAAACUUUGUCACCAGCAUCCUUCUGUGCGUGGCUCUGCGCAAGGAAUACGAAAGGAAGGUUCUGCCCUGGCUGUGGACCUUCGCCAUAUUUACUGUUUGGAGGGCUUUGGCGCUGAUUUUCUUUGCCAUCGUCAAUGAUCUGUACUUUGCCUAUAAUGUAAUUAUGGUGCUACUGUGGAGCAUUUUCUGUUUAGUGUCUAUCUAUGGAUGGGCUGUGGUUUACUCACUGUUCCUGGAACUGGUAGAUCUGACCAAACUGGAGGAUCUGGCUCAUUUACGCAUGGGCACAAUGGCAUCGCUGCACGCCUCCACCGCCAACUCGCUGGCUGGAUCGCGGCCAACCACUCCUCAUAGCACCGUAUCAACGAUGCCAGUGGGUUAAUUCAAGUAUUUUCCAUCCAUAGGGGCUCACAACGAAAUUUCACAAUUUAGACCGCCCGAAAAGCAGCACAAGUAAAAACCCCGAUGAUUCGCACUUAAACAUUUAUUAACUAUAAACUAUAGUGUACAUUCCAUCCACCAGUUCAGUGCCUUACAGAUGCGCCUCUCAAUUACCACAAAUUUUUAACCGCGAAUCUGCGUAAUAUUUUAGUUGUAAGUCGAAUUCCGUCCAAACGCAUAUAUGUUUUUGUAUACUGUUGAAGAAUCUCUGUCUUUAUGUAUGUCAACAUAUCGUGUUUUUUUAUAUAUGCAUAUAUAGAUGUACAACCCGAAUUGUAGCUAUGUAUCUAAAAUAUUAAGCGACAAGCAAAAUACAAAAUACAAAACCCAAAA